GCGCAUCGUCCCGUCACGAUGACGCAAUCGUCUGCCGCCAGAUUGGACACGCGUGGUCCCUCAAAGUGAUCACGUGACACGGAUGCGUUCCACCCAGACGAACUUCAGGCGGCGUGGGAGGGGGGUUUGUUAACAUCACCCGGUGUUUGUUUGUUUGUUUUGUUGGUUGUUGUUGUCGUGCUGCACUCCGUGGGUGCGCACCGCCCGUGGGAUGGACCGCCCCGCAGCCUGACACGUGACCCGGGGUGCAAGAUGAUGUCGCUCAUAGACCUGGACGAUGAGCAGCGGUGGGUGCCCACGCACGUCAAUGUCACGGUGCUGCGGGCGAGGGGCCUGCGGACCCGCAGCAAGCACGGCAGCCGCUACCUGUACGCGGUGGUCCAGGUGGGCAAGGACAAGCACACCACGGGCCUGGUGGACAAGGCCGAGGUGCCCGAGUGGGCCGAGGAGUGCUGCUUCGAGCUCCUCCCGGGCAUCCUGGAGGACGAGGCGGAGGGCGGGUGCGGCCGCGGCGCCUACCCGCCCGGCGGCGCCGACCUGGUCCUCACCGUCAUGCACCGGGUCCUGAUCGGACUGGACGUCUUCCUGGGUCAGACCGUCAUCCCGCUGGAUCGCAUGUUCCGGGACGGGACGUGUCCGAGGGACCGGUGGUUCAAGCUCCACUCGAAAGCCGGGCGAAAGGAAAAGGAACGCGGCGAACUGCAGCUGACGGUCCAGUUCACCCGCAACAACAUGACCGCCAGCAUGUUCGACCUGACCGCCAAGGACGAGCGCCGCUCCGCUUUCGGCAAGCUGAAGGACCGCGUCACGGGGAGGAAGCGGCCGGAUGUGGAGUCUUCCUCGGCCAUCGUGCCGGGCCGCUACGCCGCCCUCUCGGCGUCCACGGGUCCGCAGGCCCCCGGGGACGACGGCGGCGGCGCGGCUCCGAAGCAACAGAACGCGGAUAUAACUGAGGACAAAAGAAGCAAGAUGAAAGAUUUCUUCAAAGGGAAGCUGAGGAAGUCAUCCGACACCAGGUCGUGUUCUUCCUUGGCCUCGGACAGCAGCGCCUCUUCCGUGGCCAGCGACGCCCUCGGCCCUCCGCCCGUCUUAGGCCUGCUCUCAGACCUCCCCAGCUCGCCCAUCUACAGUACCGUAACAAGAGUGGACGCACACUACGGAGAACGAGAUCUGACGAAAACAGUGCUCACCUCCCAGCAUGCCACAAAGGUUCUGACCCACAAGAGAGCCUUCAGCGAUGAAGCUAGCAAGAUCACAACAUCUGCCCCAAAGACAAACCCCACCGUGGAGUCCCUCAAAGGCCAAAGUAUGACCCAGUCCAAGUCUUCCUUGUGUAUAAAUGGCAGCCAUGUGUACGACUCGGAGCCGUCGACUUUGAAAAGUUUCGGGGCCCUGCCGUCCAAGUUGGUCUUGUCAGAAAAAAGCUCCCCACUGUCCCGUUCCCUACAGAACCUCACCAAGCGGAGCGAUGACAAAGGUUUCUUUAGCGAAGGUAGACGAUGGUCAUUUGACAAGAUGAAGAAAGAGGUAAAGGAGGAAGAACAGGAGGUUUGGCCAGCUGGGAUAGAAGAUCGUCCUGAGCAGGCAGCAGCACCAAUCCUCCCCUGUGCUGCAGAUUCUUCCGACAAAGGUUGGAAGCUAAGAAAAACGUUAUUUUCCGGUGGUAGGAGCGAUUCUCUCCCUGCAAAAGCGAAUGGAAAUCAGGCAGGAUCCACCUCCGAAGGGAGGCUCAGAGGCUGGUUCGGCUCCUCGGAAUCCCAGAACAAGCCAAGGCUGGAAGUUUCUCCCAAGGUAGAAAACACCUCAGCUAUAUCCCUUCCCAUCCUGCCUCAUUCCUCACCCUCUAACUACCACACUGGGGGCCACUGCUCGCCUGUUAAUCAGAGUCACACCCAUCCCAUGACCCCUCCAUCGACUCCCAUUUCCCCUUCCAACCCUUUCUUUGAGGAGAUGCAAAGGUCCCCACCUUUUGCACAUACCUCGUCACCCUUUCUUCCCACCUCUCAACCCUCUGGCCACCACACCCCAAGUCCCAUUCAAGGUUCUAGCAGCAUGGCCUCCAUCAAACGGGAACGUCCCAGGCCCGUUGCAAGACAAAUAUCAUUGCCCGAGUUUUUAUCCAGAUCGGCAACACCAAAGUCCUCCACGUCUGAGAGCGCACAGGAAUGGGAGGACUCGUUUGACACAUUUGCCUCAGGCAGGCUAAACUCCCCGAAAAGCAAUCCCCCUCUGACGCAAGAGAGGACCACUCCAGCAUCCAGUCCGACUUGGGCAGCAAACAGCAAUCACUCACAAGAGCGGCAAAUUCACCUAGAGGAACCGCCGCCGUUACCACCAAGGAGACCGGUAAGAACUCUGAUGAAUGAGGUAUACUCUGAUGGCUGGCUCCACAGAGGCCAAGAGUUAGCAGUCCACAAAGAAGCCCGCUUGCUCUCCCAGACUGGAGUGGCGUCACUGCAACACGGGAAAGAGGCAGAGUACAAGACACUUGAAUUGAGUGUUUCACCUGACAGCGAGACUUCAUCUUUCCUCAAAGUUAACUCUCAACCUUGCAUGAUUCCUUCACCAAAAUUCACAUCCGAAGAAACGCUACAGAAGUCCAAGUACGAACCUCUGGAAGACAACAGUGACUUCUGGGGGGGCAUGCUGUUUGAGCAAGACUUAUACAGGCGAGCUUGCCAGGGAAGGGUUGCACAGCCCACUUUCCCAGCGUGUAACAACACAGGGCUUAGGAAUCUUGUCGAUUGUGAGACAUCUGAAGCUCACCUUUUGAGGAAGUCGUCUGAUUCUCCCCCAACGUCGGAUUCAAAGACUGGUAGGGCUCUGCCGUUGAUUGAGCCUACAGAGUCUUCCAUUAUGAGUCAAACUGCAUGCAUGAACAAUAAUACGACUUUUUCACCAAACUUAGGAGAUCUGAACAUGAAUGCGCGCAAUUAUGACAUCUGCUUUAUUGAUUCAGACGGCUCUUCUCAGUCAGAGGAAGUUGAUCUAGUCAAACGCCCAGCUGUGGUAAGUAGGACUGGUCCACAAAAUUCCCCAAUUGUACUUUACCACAAGACCACACUGGGGGAUGCAUUCACAUCAAAAGACACAGGCAUACUCGAGAGGGAGUCAUGCUUAGAAAUAGCCACACAGUGUAACAAAACCUGCAAAGUCACUCCAGUUUGCCAGGAAUUUCCAGAUGAGACAAAUAAUGCUGAAUCCCAGAAGCAUCUGAUAACACAUGAACUUGAUUUUGGAAUUAAUUCCAGUGACGACAGAACUGAGGAGACCAAAAAUGACUGCGACGACAACGGAAACCCUGCGGCUGAGACGGCAUUGUGUCCUCGGGUGGUUAGUGCGCGUGUUAGACCUAAAGGAAUGUCAAGAGUCAGCAGCAGAACUGAUCUUGGUCCAUUUUCUUUGCUCGUUAAGGAAGGUCCGGCUUCCUAUCAACCCAUUAAAUCAUCUCUAUCCUCCAAUGAGGAAUUGGAUAGCUUGAAUAAAACCCCAGAAAUACAUUCAAACAGCAAUCUUUUAAUGGGAGACUUUGAGACAGGAAAACCCUCUGAGACAACAUUUCAAAUCCUUCAUGCCAAAGUAGCCCCUCAAUUGAAAAGCCCUCCAGAAACUGGGAAGUGUUCUUCGCCCACCUCAUUGGCUUAUCCACCUGUUAACCUCCCCCCGUCCCCUGCCUGUUGCCCCUCCAUACAUCCCUCAGGCAGGUCUCUGACUGUGAGCCCCUACACAUCCUCCACUAUCGAGCAGCCUCAGGCCGAUGCACGGCACUCACUUUUGCCUGAGGAGACUCAGCCAGCUUGCAACCUGCCCCUGCACCAGGAGAGCAGAUCCCAGCCAGUGAAGCCUUUGAAUCAGUCAGAGAAGAAGGAGAGCCGUUCGGUUCUGGAUAAACUCAAAUCCACCAUCAGCCCGGGACGCGCUGCCCAGCAGGCGGCGACUGAGCAGGAGAAAAUGGAGGAGCCGGCGGAGGACCGACGGGCCUUGUACCAGCACCUGACCAACAUGGAGCUCAUCUCCUUGCUGCUGCAGCAGGACAAGGACAUGCGCGAGCAGCGGGCGGCGUCCGAUCUUCAGCGCAGCCGGCUGGAGAAGUGCGAGGGCGAGCUGAAGAAGGUCAAGGCACAAGUCCGCGACCUGGAGGACUACAUCGACAACCUGCUGCUGCGCAUCAUCGAGCAGACGCCGACGCUCCUGCAGGUGCGCUCCAGACACAAGUGAGAGCGGCGCCACUUCCGCCGCGUCCCCUCUUGUGUGGAAGUAGUCUUUAAAGACCGUCGGCCACAGACGACCGAUACGGCCCUGUUCGGACAUCCUCACACCAACAUGCAUGCAGCUAAUACUAGUUUGACGCAGAGAAAUAACCAUCAAAGCUUCAAUUAAAGGGGAACAUUAUCACAAUUUCAGAAGGGUUAAAACCAAUAAAAAUCAGUUCCCAGUGGCUUAUUUUAUUUUUCGAAGUUUUUUUCAAAAUUUUACCCGUCCCGGAAUAUCCCGAAAAAAGACUUUAAAGUGCCUGAUUUUCGCUAUCUGCGAAGCCACUGUCCAUUUUCCUGUGACGUCAUCCAGUGAUUCCAAUACAAACAAACAUGGCGGAUACCACAACAAAAUAUAGCGACAUUAGGACUCGGAUUUCAGCGGUUUAAGCGAUUCAACAGAUUACGCAUGUAUUGAAACGAAUGGUUGGAGUAUGGAGGCAGAUAGCGAAAACGAAAUUGAAGAAGAAACUGAAGCUAUUGAGCGAAUAGCUAUUGAGGCUAUUCAGCCAUGUUUGCCUUAGCAUCACCGGUAAAAUGUGCAGACCAAACGAUCAGAAGUUACGCAUCUAUUGACACUGGAUCAACUUAAAUCUGUCGAUUGGUAAGUGUUUUUUUGGCAUUAAAUGUGGGCGGAAGGAAACGAUGGAUGCAAAUACAACUACAAAUGUACAUACAGCUAGCCUAAAUAGCAGGUUUUUUGAUUGGUUGAUUGAUACUUUUAUUAGUAGAUUGCACAGUUCAGUACAUAUUCCGUACAAUUGACCACUAAAUGGUAACACCCGAAUAAGUUUUUCAACUUGUUCAAGUCGGGGUCCACGUUAAUCAAUUCAUGGUACAAAUAUAUACUAUCAACAUAAUACAGUCAUCACACAGGUUAAUCAUCAUAGUAUGUACAUUGAAUUAUUUACAUUAUUUACAAUCCGGAGGGUGGGAUGAGGAGCUUUGGUUGAUAUCAGUACUUCAGUCAUCAACAAUUGCAUCAACAGAGAAAUGUGGACAUUGAAACAGUGUAGGUCUUAUUUAGUAGGAUAUGUACAGCCAGCAGAGAACAUAGUGAGUUCACAUAGCAUAAGAACAAGUAUAUACAUUAGAAGUACAUUUGAGUUGUUUAUAAUCCGGGGAGAUGGGAUGUGAAUGUUAGCAUCGAUUAGCUUGCAGUCAUGCCGCGACCAAAUAUGUCUGAUUAGCACAUAAGUCAAUAACAUCAACAAAACUCACCUUUGUGAUUUCUUUGACUUUAUCGUUGGAAAUGCAUCUGCUUUGAGUGUCGCAGGGUAUCCAUUCAUCAGUGUGCCAUGUUUGUCGUAGCAUCGCCGGUAAAAUGUGCGGACCAAAAGAGGGACUUUCGCAUCUCUUGACACUGGAGCAACAUAAAUCCGUCGAUUGGUAAGUGUUUGUUUGGCAUUAAAUGUGGGUGGAGGGAAAGGCUGGAUGCAAAUAUAGCUACAAAUGAGGCAUAACAAUGCAAUAUGUACAUACAGCUAGCCUAAAUAGCAUGUUAGCAUCGAUUAGCACGACGUGCUAAUCGAUGCACAUUCUACGUAAAUCAACUGAUCGUGUUGUUACACCCUCCGACAACACACCGACGAGGCAUAAUGUCUCAAAGGUACCGGAAAUCAGUCGAAAAAACGGAAAAUAACAGAGCUGAUUUGACUUGCUGCAUGUAAUGUGGUGGAGAAAAUGCCGUUGACUACCUAGGUGACGUCACGUUUUGACGUCAUCGCUCCGAGAGCAAAUAAUAGAAAGGCGUUUAAUUCGCCAAAAUUCACCCAUUUAGAGUUCGGAAAUCGGUUAAAAAAAAAAAAAGGUCUUUUUUCUGCAACAUCAAGGUAUAUAUUGACGCUUACAUAGGUCUGGUGAUAAUGUUCCCCUUUAAGCAGAUGCUCAUCAUGCUUACUAGAAAAAGUCGUGGUAGUAAUAAAUUCCUAUGCAUAUACAAUAUUAUUUAAUCAUCACUAUCAGAAUACAUGCAAAUACUGACAGGCUAGCAAAAAAACUGUCUUACUAGUGCAUACAUUAUAUAUUUUUUUCUAAAUUAUUUGCACUUUCCGAACAGUUUUGGGUUACUCAGCUGCUGGUUCUGGUCGCAGGCUAAACCCACCAAAAUGUAUUGCUACACAGUAUUUUUUUUUACACUACUGUAGUUGAGUGCAGUUUGAGUUUAUUUGGAACAUGCAUACAUACAAUACAUCGCAAUUUCCAGUUUCUCUAUUCAACAUAUUCGAAAAGGAGUAGGAAGAAGCAGAGCUUAUUUAAUCCUACCCCUUUUCCUUUGCAUAGCAGUUGUUCACUUCCUGUUCCCAAUGUAUUCAUAAUGCACUCCAUAAGUAAAAACAAUAAAAAAUGAAUAAAUAAUAAUAAGUGAAGUUA